GAGAGCAAGAGUUAAGAGGAGAGAGAAAUCGAAACGAGUAGGGAAUAUUACGAAUCUCUAAAUCCGAAACCACUACUUAUCUUCCACGGUUCGACGAACUUCAGAAGCUUGCAGGCUACAGGCUGAGGGGCGGAUAUUACGAUAAUCUUUCACCAUAUCUCUUAACCAUGCGCUCUGUUCUUCAUCAACAGCAGUGGUUUUCUUCAAUUUGAGUACAUUAGUGAAGCUUUUUUAUUCUCUCUUUUUUUUUUUGCCGUUGGAAAUGGCCAUCGGAAGUUUCGUUUCUUCUAAUCGGGACUUCGGUUCCUUAGUCGGCUCAGGAAAAGUGUGCAAGACAGAGAAAUCAUCUUCUCACCAUGCGUUAGAACGUUCAGUUAUUAUUGCGGCUCAAUAUGGACAGCCAAAUUUGUCUUUUAGAAAGUCUCUUGGUCUGAGACUAAAUAGUUAUUCUCCUAAGAUCUCAUGUUCCACAUUUCUUCAUGCUAUAACCCGAGACGGUAAACUUUUAAAGCCACUGGGAGUUCGUACAGAUGAAACUGCUAAAUGCAGUUAUUAUCCUCACUUGACUAGUGCUUGCACUCUAACGAGUGGACCUAGUUGGCUGCAAUGCCAAAAGUCUCGGCAUGUUAAGGUUGACCGAACUUCUGCUAAUUACAAUUCAAAUGACUUUGAUAUAACAAAAGGAGAUGUGGAUGCGUUGGCAUUGGCAGAGGGGUCAGGUGAUGCACUCUUUAUUGAAGGCAAUGAGCAGAUGGUAUUGCCUUGGUGGGAGAAUUUUCCAAAACGCUGGGUGAUUGUAUUGCUUUGUUUUUUCGCCUUUCUUCUAUGCAAUAUGGAUCGUGUGAACAUGAGUAUUGCCAUACUCCCAAUGUCGAAAGAAUAUAAUUGGAACAGUGCAACAGUUGGCUUGAUCCAGUCAUCUUUUUUCUGGGGCUAUCUUCUAACGCAGAUUGUUGGGGGGAUAUGGGCAGACAAAAUCGGUGGGAAGCUUGUGUUGGGUUUUGGGGUAAUAUGGUGGUCAAUUGCAACUAUAUUGACACCAAUUGCUGCAAGAAUUGGGCUUCCUUUCCUGCUUAUGAUGCGUGCUUUCAUGGGAAUUGGUGAGGGUGUUGCUAUGCCUGCAAUGAACAAUAUUAUAUCAAAGUGGAUUCCUGUAUCGGAGAGAAGCAGAUCACUUGCACUAGUGUACAGUGGCAUGUAUCUCGGUUCUGUAACGGGAUUGGCCUUCUCACCAAUGUUAAUUAACAAAUUUGGAUGGCCGUCUGUGUUCUACUCAUUUGGUUCUCUCGGAAGUAUAUGGUUUGCACUGUGGCUAAGAAAAGCAUAUAGCUCGCCAAAAGAAGAUCCAGAUCUCAGUGCAAAGGAAAAAAGGAUUAUCUUUGAUGGAAGCGUUUCGAAGGAGCCUGUGGAAGUUAUUCCGUGGAAAUUAAUUUUAUCAAAAGCACCUGUGUGGGCUCUUAUCAUAUCCCAUUUCUGCCAUAAUUGGGGAACCUUCAUUCUGUUGACGUGGAUGCCCACAUACUAUAAUCAGGUUUUGAAGUUCAACCUCACCGAAUCUGGACUCUUCUGUGUUCUGCCAUGGUUGACCAUGGCUGUUUUUGCAAAUAUAGGAGGAUGGAUGGCAGACACGCUAGUUAGCAGGGGCUUUUCCAUCACUACAGUUCGAAAGAUUAUGCAAUCUAUUGGAUUUCUGGGACCAGCGUUCUUCCUUAGUCAGCUGAGUCAUGUUAGAACACCUGCUAUGGCAGUAUUAUGCAUGGCAUGCAGUCAGGGAUCUGAUGCAUUUUCACAAUCGGGUCUCUACUCCAAUCACCAAGACAUUGGACCACGAUAUGCUGGAGUGUUGUUAGGAUUAUCAAACACGGCCGGCGUGUUAGCCGGAGUCGUCGGCACUGCUGCAACAGGAUACAUACUCCAGCGAGGUUCAUGGGACGAUGUAUUCAAGGUGUCAGUUGCAUUGUAUCUCAUAGGCACAUUAGUGUGGAAUAUCUUUGCAACGGGAGAGAAGGUUCUUGAUUAAAAGGCCCCAUUCUGGAGAAGGGAUAAGAAGAAGAAGAAGAAGAAGAAGAAGAAAGCUAAAUUUAAAAUGGAGGAAAAAACAGGCAAGUCUGAGCACCCUACACAGCUUUUCAAUUUUUCAUUUUCCAUAAAAUUGCCGAUGCCAUAGCUAGCCCUCCUGGCAACAGCUUUCUGGGUUGGCUCCAAAAAGGGUGAACAAAAAAAAAAAAAAAAAAAAAANCCGCAUAUAAAUUACCCCCGCUUUUACUUUUUACUGUCCCCAUAUAAUGGAGUUUAUUCCCCUUGAUAGUGUGCGGCAUAAAACUACAAGAGCAGAAGAAAAAUCAAUUUUUUUUUUUUUUGUCA